AUGACCACCGAAAUCACCCCAUCCAAGAUACCAGUACCCAUCAACAAGCGAUCUUCCAUCUCACUCCCAUCAACGAAUCAGGUCCAACAGUCCCUGUCCAAUAACUCGGUAUCUUCUCAAGCGACACAGCAGUCGAGAAGUCAAUCUCCUCUGAAUGUCAACGGGUCAAACGCCAAGACGGGUAGAUCAAGUCCAGCACUCACAAAUCAACAGAGACGAUGGAGUCUGCUGAGCGGUGGUCAAGGUCCAAGCAGGAAGACGAGCUUCAGUGAGACCACAGGUAUGAAUACGAAUUUAUCGAGUAGUACAAGCUAUGACUCCAAUGAUCCAGUCCAAAUCAAAGCUCAAAUUGCCAUCCUACAAUCAUCCCUUCUAAAUGCCCAACAACGCUUGGUAGACGUACAAAAUGGAAAUACAUCUUCGUUACCCUUGACACCCAUUGAUGGACUAUCGAACUUACCUGAAGUCGAAGUUGAGGUUGAUCCGGAUGAAUUGAGAGAUAGAUUGUUGGAUGAGAAUGAUGAGGGUGGUAGAGACUCACCGCUUGAUCCUGAACCGCCAACAGGUAUCAAUACGAUCAAUGGUAAACCGCGAUUAAACGGUUUACCUCAUUCGAAUCCAUCUUUCGAUCUUAGAAGUAGAGCUGUCACUCCUGCUAGGCCGACCGGCACUAAAUUACCUGAUGGAAGAAGUCGAAUCCCGCAAGCAGUCGUAGCCGGUUCAGCGGCUCUUCAUCCCACUCCUCCGCCCGCUUCACCCGCUCGACCACAUACCUCUCCUCCAUCACCCAUCAACCUGCCUGAUAGGGAAAAGAACCUAAGAUCGCCAUUCUUAGCUCCAGAAUCGCCUCAGCCGCCGUCACCAUACGGCAGCGGUCGUCCUCCCUCGUCACUUGGCGUAGGAGGCGAAAGCAGACUCAGUCCCAGUCCAGCUGGUUCCAGGCGGGCUUCAGGUGGACCUAACGACAAGUCCUCUGCGAGUACACGGGUGAUAGAUGGAUUGCAGACUGAAUUGAUCAAUACGAGAGGGCAUUUGGAGAGGGUCAAGCAGGAGGUCAGGAGCGCUCAAAGAGUUAUAGGAUCGUUGACAAGACAAACUGAGGAUCUGAAAGAGACAAGGGAAAGGAUGCGAGUGGAAUGUGAAGGUCUAAAUAACGUUAUAGCAAGGAAAGAACGCUUAUUACAAGAGGUAUUGGAAAGAGCUCGAACAGCCGAAUCAUCAUUAUCGCAACAUCAGUCUACGCGUAAAGCCUUGGAGCAAAGUACCAAAAAAUCAUUAUCGCACAUGACCUCCCAAUUGACCGAAGCUCAAGCGGGACAAGCUAAAGCUGAAAGAGAGUGCGUGGCGCUGAGGGAAAGCGUGAAGAGUUUGAGGGAUGUAUGGGCAAGGGAAGUUAAGAGUGUGAGGGAUGAGUGGAAGAAAGGUGAAGAGAAAGGCAAAAAGGAGAGGGAAGAGGCUAGACAGAAACAUCUCGCGCUAGUCAAAUUAGUUCAAUCACAAUCAGCCGAUAGAGCAGCCAUACAGAACCUCGCUGAAAAAGCUACCAAGGAAUCCGCACUGGCUACAGAAGCGUUUGAAGCUCAGAUUGCUCGGUUGAGACUGGAGAUUGAUCAGAGUAGUGAAGAAAGUAGAAGCGCUAAAUCCCAAGCUGAAGAAUUGGCCAUCGAACUGGUCAGACUGAGACGUUUGAUGAGAGAACCCAGACGAGGUAGUCUCGAGGAUGCCGCUGUAAUAUCUAGUAACGAUAUUGCCGGACUAGUGAACGACGAUAAGUGA